CCAUUUUUCAAGCAAGAUCAAAUUAGUGAAAAAGCGUAAACACUAAUGCAUAGUUUUGUCUUCUGAAAAUGGUAUUAGUAGGACAUGUAAAUAGAAAAAAAAAGGGUGCAUACAACUUGGAAGAACCUUAUCCCCAUCAGAGUCAGGACAUCCCAAUUGUUAUUGUUGACAGCUUAUCAAUUUAUUUUAUUGAUUAUAUUCCAAAUUUAUAGGAGUUAGUUUAGGGAUAUUAUUUGCUUUCUUUAUUUUCCUUAUUUUGCUGGAUUAUUUCCUGAUUUCUUGUUCCCUAAUUUAUGGUAAUUUACCAGAUUCCCAGACUUAAUUUAGAUAGGUUUUCUUGUAUAUAAUUAGCACCUAGUAAUUCAAAUAUGAUAUCAGAGAAUUUUGUUUUAUUCUCUGUUUUCAUGGUAUCAGAGCUUCAGUUCCUCUGACUAUCCUCUAACCAUUAUUGUUAGCCAAAGCAGCCAUGGCAGAUGCAACUCUAGAAGGUUCCUCAAAGGUGUCAUCUGAACCUUCUAGAAAUGUGUCUUCAUCUGUGAUUCCUACUGUUGGGGAAAACCAUUCUCUCCAAAUAACCCAACACAAACUCAAUGGGGCCAAUUUCCUUGAAUGGUCUCAGUCGGUUAUGCUAGUAAUACGAGGCAAAGGAAAACUCGACUACUUAACGGGUACAAAGGUAACACUAAAGGAAGGAGCAACAGGUCAUUCAACUUGGGAGUCAGAGAAUUCCAUGGUUAUGGCAUGGUUAAUUAAUUCCAUGAAACCUAAGAUUGGCCGGACUUAUUUAUUCUACAAGACAGCAAAGGAGAUAUGGGACAUGGCACAUGAAAUGUACUCAAAUCUGAAAAACUCAGCACAAUGUUUUGAGGUCAGAUCUGCCCUAAGAAGCACAAAGCAAGGUAAUCUCUCAAUGAUUGAGUAUUUCAAUACUUUCACCAAGUUAUGGCAGGAGAUGGAUAUGUUUUAUGAAACAAAUUGGCAUUGUCCUGAGGACAGCUUAAAGUAUAAGCAGAUGCUUGAAAAAGAACGGGUAUUUGAUUUUCUUCAUGGUUUAAGUAAAGAUUUAGAUGAGGUACGGGGUGGACUUUUGGGGACAAAACCUUUUCCAAACAUUAGAGAGGCAUUUGCAGAGGUGAGAAGGGAAGAAAGCAGGAAACGUGCUAUGUUAAGAAUGACUACAGAGGUUAUUUCAGAUAACUGGUCCCAAAGUUCUGCUCUUGUUUCAAAAAAACAUGAACCUGCCAACUCUAGUGAUCAGCGUGGGAAUCGAAAAAAUGAUAAAGCAUGGUGUGAUCAUUGUCAACGUCCAUAUCACACUAGAGAAACAUGCUGGAAGACACAUGGAAAACCAGCAAAUUGGAAGGCACGUAAACAAGGUGAACAAAGUAGAGUUUUUCAAGCUGUCGCAGAGGAAACAAGGCUAGAGGAUCAAUUUUUAGCAAGAAACAGCUUGAACAACUACAAGUCCUUGCCCAACACCGAACUAGUGCACAAGUUCCAACUUCAAAUUGUUCUAUAGCCCAGAAAGGAUUUACUAUCGGGGAGGACGAUUGGCAAUGCUAAGAUGCGUGAUGGGCUGUACUACCUUGAGGAUAAUGGACAAGUGAAUAAACAAGCUCUGACUCUAAGUGGUGAAUUAACUCCAGUUUCCAGUAAGAUUAUGUUAUGGCAUAAUAGGUUAGGCCAUCCUAGUUUUCCAUAUUUGAAAAACUUGUUUCCUUCUCUGUUCAAGAAUAAAGAUAUCAAUUCUUUUC